AUGAAGCUCUCCGCUUGGAUACUAGCUCUAUGCUUGAAAACGGUUAUUGCCAAGCACACCUGCUAUAGUCCAGACGGUAAUGAGGUGACAGAGGACACCUACGUCCCUUGCAUUGCCAUUGAUGGCGUGGACUCUAUGUGUUGCAAGAUGAACCAUACAAAUCCGGAUAUAUGCGAUCCAAAUGGAUUAUGUUAUUCGACAAAGAAUAUCUACUGGAGAGAAUACUGCACAGAUCCGACGUGGGAUAGUCCAAACUGUCUUCCCAAAACCACUUGUGCUGAUGGGACAGGCGGACAAUCGAAUCGGACGGCUAUGAUGACACGCUGCCCCAAUGGCUCAGGACGAUCGUUUUGCUGCGGUAAAAGCACGGAUUGUUGUGGGAACGACAAUGAGAUCGUCCUCGAUUCCACGCUAGUCUCAAUUGGUCCAUCAAACUCAUCCGAAUCAACAACCAGUGAUACUCAAAAUGGUGAUGGCGGGUCAUCGUCGAAGGUUGCGAUCGGAGUUGGGGUUGGGGUCCCUCUGGGUAUCCUGGCGAUUUCGAUGCUCGGAUUCGGGUUCUGGUGGGGGAAGAAAAAGGCGCGCGCCGAGUCGAAAGCAAUGAUGGAACAAUUCCAGAAUCAAAUGAGGGAUCUUGGAUAUGGAGAGCCUAAGCAACUAUCUUCGAAGCCGAUACAUGAAGCUGAUGAAGGUGUCAUCAGCCCUGCUGAGCUGCAGAAUGGCGACGAAGAGAACAGAGCGAGAAGCUAA